ACAAGAAGCCAAAGACCAACUACCUUCUUCCACUGCUCUUGAUUUUCUGUAACAUCUUUCUCUCUUAGGUAGUUUCUCAGUAAAGCUCUUUCUGGGUUUCUCAGUAAAACUUAUUCCUAGGUUUCUCAGUAAUGGAAAAGCUUAGUUUGGAUCAUUUGCCACGUGGGGUCAGAUUUAGUCCGAAGGACAAGGAGGUCAUCGAACUCUACCUGAAGAAGAAGAUCACAGGGAAUGAUAAAGACACUUGGUUUAUUCCCGAAAUUGAGUUCUAUAAAGAUGAGCCCUGGGAUUUACCAAUGAAAAGUGGAAUUGAUACGGAGGAUCAAGAGUGGUUCUUCUUCACUGAACAGAGCCUGAAGCAUCAGGAAGAUAAUCCAAAAAAGAGAAAAAGGGAUCAGAAACAAGAAAGGGUGAACAGGAAAACCAAGGCUGGGUUCUGGAAAUCAACUGGUACAGAUAGGGAAAUCAAGUCUGGAGAGAGCUUGAUUGGAAUGAAGAAGACUCUGGUCUUCCAUAUAGGGACUACUAAGGGAAAAGAGAAGGGAAUAGGGACUAAGUGGGUAAUGCAUGAGUACAGCACAACCCAGAAGGACUUUGAUGGAAAGCACCCCGGUCAGAAGGCCUUUGUCCUUUGUCGUUUAUUUGAUAAUCGAGAAAAGAGUACCAAUGGUGGACCUGCUGCUUCACUUGAUACCUCAUCUUGUAUUGAAGAAACGAAGUCUAAAUCAUCGCUAGCUCCUGUAUUUCCAGCAUUGGAUGUGCAAGCUGAAACUCAUCAAACAAGUAAUCAAUCUUGUUAUGCUAAAAUUCCUGAUGAAAUGUUGUCUGAUGCUACAGCACCUGUUCAAUGUGAAAAUGCUGCUGUUGCAGAAAAACAGGAGGCAGAAAUGACAUCUUCUGAGGAUGAAUUUAAUGUGGAGGAAUUUUUGAAUAAUCUCUCCCCAUCUGCAUUUGAUUUUUAUUUGGAGGAAAUGAUGUUUGAUGCUACAGCACCUAUUCAAUUUAAAAAUGACAACUUCAACUCUGAGGUUGACCAGGAUUUGGAGAAAGCCCCCAAAAUGUUCUAUCCCCAUCCACCAGAGCCAUUAGAUUGCAACCUUUCCUCCGUAUCAACUAUAACCACCACUACACCGGCUGUUUCAUCUCCUGCCGCAGCUAAAGCUUCUCUUGAAGAAGCACAGUCUAUGCUAGCACCAGCUUCAGUGUCACCAAAAUUAGGAAGUGAAGUUGACAAUUAUCCCUGGAGUUUUCGAUGUAGUCCAGCAGAAAAUUCUGCUGGAAUAACGUCUAGCAGUAUACCACCCAUUGAGGACAAUGGUUAUAACACUUGUGUUACAAAAAAUGAUGUGGUAAAAACAUCUGAUGAGGUAGAGGCAGGCUGGAAUAUGUUCCCUGUCACACCACAGCCACUAGGUUGCAACAUAUUAUCCCCAUUACACUCGCAGAUGCAAGCGGAUGACUGCCUUCGUUACAAGUCUAGCAGUCAAAAUAAUCUUGCUUUUGACAGUGAAACCCAGGAAAACAUGGUCUCUGCACAGUUUGAUCAAGAGUAUCAAGAUAUGUUGUGGCUUGAAGAUAUCAUCAAUCCAAAGGAUUCACCAGGGUUGUAAAAAUCAGGAUCAUAUCUAGGAUCUGAGGGAGGGUCUUUGGAUCAGAUCAUAGGAUCUGAUUGAAGAUCAUAAAAUUUUACAAUUAAAGAAUGUCAAUGAUUUAGAUAGAUAAUUAAUUCUUAAUAUUACUUAUAAGACAAGGCAAAAAAAGAAAAGAAAAAAAACUAUGGCUUUCUUGGGAAGUACUUAUUAAAAAAAAAAAAGUCUUUCCCGGAAAGAGUAGAAGAAUUUUAAAUACUCUUUGAAGACAGCUAAAUUAAAAAGGAUAUUAGUCUUUCUUACAAAGUUCAAAAGAAAGUUUAAUAUUCUUUAAAAACAAAGCUAAAAGUCAAAGAAUUAUUAAUAUUCUCUGAAAUCCCGCAUGUAAAAUCCCUCAUGUGAGCAACAUUCAGCCAAAGUUUUGGGAAUUUUGCUGAAAAUGGGUCAUCUUCCUUUUCGCACUUACAUUUGCAAACAUUCCCUAAAGUCUUCUCACAGUGAUUCACUCUUUUUCAACUCAAAAGAAAAAGAGACUUCUAGUCUUUUACAAACCAAAGACCCAUGGUCUUUUACAAUCAACGGCCUAUGGCCUACUUUUACAACUCAAGACAGACUUAUUGUCAUUGGAACUUGGGUUGUCACUCUCCCCCACUCUCCCACCCUACCCCCCAGAAAAAAGUCUAAAAAAGACUACCAAAUUGGGUUCCUUAUUUUAGCUCCAUGUUGAGUUUAAAGGUUUCUCUAAAAGAAACCACAUUUUGGGUUGUUAUUUUAAUAAUCCUUCUUAAAAGAAUAUAAUUAAUGUUUAAAUCAUUGACAUUUUAAAUUUGUAGAAUUGUGACAUUUAAGAUCCUGAUCAAGAUUUUAGCAACCCCAACUCCGAUACAGAGUGAAACAAGUACAGUUGUCACUUCUAUGUAUAAUGCAAUUUGUAUUUUACAUCUCUGGGAUAUCACACUCUUCUCACAUGGAGUGGAUAUCCUGGUGAUACCAAAUACCUUCUUGUGUAUGAUGUUGAUGAGCACCGGAUAGCUUUGGUCGUCUUACAAAGUGAACCUUACAAGUGCAGUACGUCAUCAUCUGCUGGUGCUGUGAACCAGUUCUAUAUGUAUAUAAUGAAUCAAGCAAUCAUUUGGAGUUAGUAUAAGGAUUUGGCAACUAAAAUAUUAGAGCAAGACUUUGUUGUUGUUAAAUCUGUAUACAAUGUGAUUUAUGUUCAGUUGUAUUGGAUAAUUGUCGUUUUCUGUAAACAUGUAAUAAAGUGUUCAACAGGAGAUUUUCUUUAA